AACGCAUGAUCAGGCGUGCGAAUAUGUGUUGAGUACUCGAUCGCCUACCACCGCUUAAAGUCGUCAAUAAUCGUUCCCGACAACAGCAAGAUCCAUGUCAUAAUAGGCCUACACAGACACAACGAUGGAAGUCGAUCCCCCGCCUUUGGUCAGCCCCCUCUUCAACGAUGCGAAAGCAGACGUUAUUCUACGAACUGUCGGGGUCGAUUUUAGGAUGUAUAAAUCCCUUCUCUCUCUCGCCUCUCCCUUCUUCGAUGGAAUGUUCACAUUACCUCAACCAACUUCCAAAUCUAGCAGGGCAGUCGAAAAACUCUUGAUGUUCUGUCACCCGGCUCAUUCCCCUGUCCUGGAAACACUAGAUGAAGUCCGUCUCGUUAUCGAACCAGCUGUGAAAUACGACAUGGCAGGGGUAGUCCAACGGAUCGUCAUGCAAUUUGCAAAAUUCAUCGACCAGGCUCCUCUACGAGCUUAUUGCAUCGCUUGGCAGUUUAAACUUCGCGACCAGGUUCAACAAGCUGCCGAACAUCUCUUAAAACAACCUCUUCUUCCACGUCGUUUUGUGAAGGAAUUGGAUCUCAUUCCUGCUACAGCUUUACAUCGACUUCACGAAUAUCAUUACAGUUGCGGAAAAGCGGCACGUGCGGUUGCUACAGCAUUCGGAUGGAUAGAUGUGUCUUCCUAUAUUCGGUUUGAAGCAGGACCGGUUUGCUAUAGCUGUUCGAACGGAGGCGAAACCGUGACGGGGUAUGAUAAUCAAUCAAUAUCGGCGCGGUCUUGGUGGGUGGAAUAUAUGCGGGAGACUGCUGUGUUGCUUCAGGAGAGGCCAUGUGGUGCGACCGUGAAGGACCCAGAGCUGUUGAACAAAACGUUUAGGAGAGCAGUUCAAUGUCGGGAUUGUAAAGAUCGAGUGCUUAUGGAAAUGCAAGAGUUCACGGGAGAUUUUGCUUCGGAAGUUGAACGGACUACUGCGAUGAUCACUUUGGAUAUCGACUUCUAAUCACAAUUUAUAAUAAAUAAAGAACACGGACUAUCAUGGGUUUUUUUUGGACGGACUCUCAAGAACAUUCAUUGUUUGUAUUCAAUACACGCCAAUGUAUCCGAAAUCAGUCUUUGGAAACAAGCAGUAUACAUCCCAUCGACCAGCUUUCAACAGCCAUCCAGGAGGAGGGCUGUGUGGUAUGGGAUUAGUUCUUAUAUGAAAGAAU